ACAUGGGGUGAUAGACAGAUGCGGGAUAGUAUGAGAGGAAGAGAGGCAGAGGAUGGGAGGCGUACUCUCUCUGGUAUCGGCGACGUGAUAGAAUCUGUGCCAAAAUUGGGUGCCCCUGUAGAUGGAUCCGUCACCAUGCUUGCUGCAGUCAAGCAAUCCGCAGUUUAUCCCGUCCCAGCUCCAAGCUGGCACACCCGACUCGUCGCCAUCGUCGUCCGACGACUCGUCUGACCGCCGGCGGUCGGCGUCGUCGCCGCUCUCCAUCCCGUUCCCUCGUUUUCCAGUUAGACCUCGGUGAGGUUUAGUUAAGGUUCCCUCUCCUCUGGUUUGGCUCUCGUCCGCUUUUAUCAAUUGGGAGAGAGAUCCGACUCCGAGCCGGUUCCGCCGCCGUGCCGCAGACGCAGAAGAUUAAUUUCACCAAUCCGCCUCUCCGCUUGGCUUCCCGAACAACAAAACCGCAAUAGUAACAGAAGAAAAUCUCCCACUUUGGAUGUGAGCGCGCGAUUUUGGAUUGCUUCUCUUCUUGCAGGAAAUUCGAUCUAAUGGCUAGAGGCGCAAUGGAGCCGAAGCAGGCUCAUGUUAAAAGCGUUUUUUCCCCUUUCCCUUUCUUCUCUUUACCACUGUAUGGCACUGUUUAUCAUUUAGAUUUGAGAAAAGCGUGGAUUGCUGCACACCCCACCACCACUCUAACCCACAAGAAAAAGCUGGAGUGGAUGGUAACGCUCAAGAUCAAGCUGCAACAACGGUUUCUUUCAAAAGAAAAAAAACCGCAACAAUUGCCAGAUUUUACUCGCAGCUGUCCUUACCUUGCUCCUGCAGCUUUUACUCACAGUUGAUUGGCUCCGUUUCUUGGUGAAACGAUCCGGCUUGAUGCCAUUUAAGCAAGCAAUGCUGCACAAGAUUGGCUCCUUUUCUUGGUGAAAUGAUCCGGCUUGAUGCCAUUUAAGCAAGCAAUGCUGCACAAGGGUGAAGAGCUGUACGGUAUGGUCCAAACUCUUAACUACCCGUGCAAUGCAAGUGUGCAGAGCUGCACGAGCAUCAGCCACAGCCAGGUCAGACUAGUUGGAUGGUCCUAAUCUUAACUCUUCCCAGAGGAUACUGUUUCGUUUGGAAGAAAUGAGGUGAGGUGAGCACGACAGCUAUGGACCAAGGGUUCAUGCUGCUAUGAUGGCCUUGCACUUUCUCUUUCGCUUUCCCCCGCAGCAGGACAGACAUUGCCGUCGGGGCAUGGUCGCCUUUUCGUGCCGGCCAAAGCAUUCUUGCCGGUGCAGCGCUUAAGGUGGCGGCCGCUGCUGCUUCUCCAUUCUCCUGCCUCCAGGCAAGGAAUCCCAAACCAAAAGGGCCUCUGGUUGCUUUAUUCCCCACCUCCCUCCCUCACGGCACCUUUCCCUGUCACUCCAUUCCUCCAUUGCUUUCCCCAUCCAGCCACCUCGUCAACUGUUGCUGCAUUCUCAUUCCAGGCAACUCUGUGAGGGAUUCUUGGCUCACGGCGCUGCCCGUCGUCUCGUCGAGGCAGGUUAUAUAUUUGUACCUCAGGGCUGAAUUCAAGGAGAACAAAAUGUCAUCUGAUACCAACAAUAUUAUGUUGCACAUCAAGAGAAUAGUCUAUCCUUCUGUCAAACUUGGCUAUCAAUCUGCUUCUGACUAUCCUGUAGUACUCGGCAUUGGAGUUUUGUUGCUGUUCCUACACAAACUUUGCCCUUCUCUGUUUACUUUCCUUCUGUCUUCAUCUCCAGUGUUCCUGUUAACUGCACUUCUUCUUGGAGUGCUAUUGAGUUAUGGGGAAUCAAGUGCUCCGGUGAUUGGAGACGAAACAUUGGAGAACCUGAAAAAAUCGCCCUCUGUAGUCAAAGUCUCUGUUACUGAAUCUUCAGUUGAGGAGCUUCAGAAUGUUGCUGUCACCCGUGCGGCAAAGAGUUUUGAAAGUGCAGUUGUUUGCAUUGAGGAAAGAACUUCUGGCAUCUUCGUGCAUGAUACUCACCGUGAUGAGGAGAAUGUGAUAUCUGCGUCAACCGAUACUGUUCUUUCUGCAGAAACUUCUGAACUUACCAAGAACGAAGUUAUUGUGAAAAGAGAAGAAAAAGAGCAUGUCAAGGAAAUAUGUGAGAAAGUUGAGCCCCAGCAUUUUGAGAGCACCAAUACUGAAAGGUGUCAUUAUGAAGUGAACAAUCAGUACCAGUUUGGUGAACUCAUGAGCUCAUGUUGGCAACCUAUUAUGAGGCAGGAACCUUGUUCUGAUUCUGAAUCUGAUCUUAGCGAGAGUUCUUCUGAUGCAUCAAUAACCGACAUUAUUCCAAUGCUUGAUGAGUUAAACCCUUCUGUAAACUUCGGAACUGAUCACCCUUCCUCUACCUUCAUAGACAACCUGAAUUCCUCAUCAGAUGAUGAUGAAGAUGAAUUAGAGGAUGGUGAGCUUAGCUCAGAUGAAGAUAGGGAAGAAGAGAAGAAAGAUGACAGAAAUAACUGGAAGGACUUUAUGGAUACAAACUCUUCAGCCAUGGAAAACAAUGGGAACAUGGAGAGUUUGAUGGAGCGGCGAAAAGCAAAGAAUAUUCUGAAGUUUGAACUUGACAGGAAGUUAAUGGACAUGCAAGCCGCUGAUGCAAUUCAGAAAAUGGAGGAGGCAUCACGCUUCCGUGUUCAGGUUCCCUCCAUUUCUACACCAAGGCCUUCAGAGGAGAUAGUAGAGUUACCGCAAAUUCCUGAUUCAGCACCAUCUGUUCUACUUCCCUGGAGAAAAUCAUUUGAUGUUCCAUUUGACCAAAUUGUGGACCGUGACAGUCGUUUGCAGGAAACAUGGACUCCUCGCUCGUGCUUUCCAUCAACACAGCAUAGGAAACAUGAGAACUUGUAUUUAAGGCAGUCUACUUAUGUGCGACAUCACAACGGCAUAAAGCUAGAGAAGCCUGAAUUCAAUGAAAAAGAUGCAGGUGACAAUCACUCAGACAGCAAUUCUGAGCAAGCAUUGAACAAUGGCAAGUUAUUUGGCUCACUGGAACCACAUGUUGGUGAUGAGAUUAAAAUACGAAGUGCAGCGAUUUCAGAUGUGUGCGUAUUUGAAGUAAAUCAUGGAAUUAAUGAAGGCACUGAAAGUACCGCGUGCAUCAAUGGCACAGAUUCAUUUUAUAUCCGAAAAUCUAUAUCCAGCACGUCAGAAGCGAAUGGUUCAGUUUCUGCAGAUUGUGAGCAAUUGCUAUUGUGUUCUCUAUCAGAAGAAUAUAAUACUGAGAAACUUCUCAUUGAAGCUGACUCCAUCAGCGAAGUUAACUCAUUAUUUAAGUGUCGCAUGGAUGAAGUACUAGUGCAGUCCGUUUCAGAGUCCGGUAUUGAUCAACCCUUGACAGUUAAACUUGAACACGAAUUGAAUGAUACUUCAUCUGCAGAAUCUGCAAUGCCUGUAAUUGAAGCAAGAUCAGUGGAAGACUUGACUUCACAGUUUGCAGAGCUCAAUGGAGAAGCAUUAGAAUGUGCUGCUUCUUACUCCAGUUAUGAUAAUGAGCUGAUCCAAGACAAAUCAAGUGAACCAUUGCCUGUGGAAAAUGGGCAUACUCCAGAACUAACAACUAAAGAUGUACAUUCAUGUUCGACUCUUGACAAUCCGGUGGCUGCGAAGGUCGAAUGUAAAUCAAAGGAGCUGUUAACCGAAGAUGGUGAGCUUCCUGUUCUAGAAGCAAGCUCGGUUGAAGAGAUGAACUCACUGUUCAGGCAACUGCAAGAUGAAGCGCUGGCACAGACGCCUCAUAGCCCAGAGCUCAUUUUUGGUGAACAUAAUGGGAAGACUGAUUCUGGUGUUCCAGUUCCUGGUGCAAAUUCUAGUGAAGAUAUUAGUUCUGCUUUUGUGCAUUUAAGGAACGAUGAUGAUAAAAUUCCUGGAGAUGUGAAGUAAUCCUGGAUUCUGUGGUGCGAAACUCAGGACUUCAUGCCAUGGAGACCAGUGUUCUGAAUGGCGAUGGAACAUCUGUAUCCAAUAGCACCAAAGCAAUUGAGGUCAAAGAAUCAGUUGAAAGUGCUUAAUCUUCUGUUAUGUUACUCAAGGGCAGCCAGCUAAAGAGACGUGGGAGUAAAUAUUUGAUCAUAGCGUGCAGCUACAUCAUCUCCUCAGAAAUAUUUUUGGCCUUUGGAGAACAAUUGAUGAACAUGUCCAUAAUAUUCCCUCCCUCUCUUGGUUACUCUGUUCAUACUGUUUUAUUUUUCCUUUCUGACAAAAUAUGGUGAUAUUCGGAGUUGCAGUUGUCUAGUAGCAUGAAUCACUAGUUUAUCUGUCAAAGUGCGAGAUUUUGUAAUGGAAAGCUGUUUGUUUGUUUCAUAUAUCCUACCGAUGGAUUAAUUAGUUAUGAAAAUCCAAGAGUUACUGUUGCCACA